UACUGAGAGCAAGUCCUUCACUCUGUCUCUCUUGCUCUCUCUCUCUCUUCUCUCCAAGAAAGCUCACUUUACAGACCGCCAGGAGCUAACACCAGGAUCUGAGGUGCCAAAAAUGUUGGGCUUUGCAUCAGGAAGCACUCACUCCAUUUUGGAUCAGACAUUUGAUCAUGUAAGGGAGCCCAGUGGAAAGGAUUCUCUUCUUCCGAUGCAGGAUCCAGGAAACUUACACUCGCAGCAUCUGAGGCUGGAGGAGCCUGGGGUGGAGGCCCAAUCCUGUGAGCUGCUGCCCCCUCAGUCCCUGGCAGAGGAUGUGCUAUCCAAGGCAACGAGCUACGACACAGUGUAUGAUAUUCGCAUCCAGGACCUUGAUGCUCAUUUCUCCUUUGAGGGCAGCAGCUUUUUCGAUCUCCCGAUGCUUGGCCUCAGCCCGUUCCCCACUGACGAUCCCGACUUCCCGCUUAGCCCCCACGUCAUAAAGCGGAGACGAGGGGGCAUUGUGGAACAGAGGGACAUCAUCAAAGCUCACCAGGCCCAUAAAAUGCAGAGCACGCCUCAGGCCAAGCGCAAGGAAUGGGAGAUGGCUCGCUUUGGGGAGGCAGCGAGUGGGAUGUCGCUGGAUCCCACGGCUUCGGAGCCAGCUCGGAGCCGACAUGAGGUGCCCGGCGCUGGGGCCACGGCAGCGGCAGCAGCGGGAGCGGCAGCGGCAGUGGCAGCGGCGGCGGCAGCGGCACAGGGCCCCGGAGGAUUCAAACAGUCCCGGGCUCAGAGAGCCCGCACGAUGGCCCUGUAUAACCCCAUCCCGGUGCAACACAACUGCCUGACAGCUAACAGGUCCCUCUUUCUGUUCGGGGAAGACAACAUCGUCAGGAAAUCCGCCAGAAAGGUCAUCGAGUGGCCUCCAUUCGAGUAUAUGAUCUUGGCAACGAUUAUUGCCAACUGUGUUGUACUGGCCCUGGAGCAGCACCUCCCCAACGGAGACAAGACACCUAUGGCCAAGAGUCUGGAGCAAACUGAGCCCUAUUUCAUUGGAAUCUUCUGUUUUGAGGCUGGGAUUAAAAUAGUUGCUCUGGGAUUUGUCUUCCAUAAAGGAUCGUACCUUCGCAAUGGCUGGAAUGUGAUGGAUUUCAUAGUAGUUCUGAGUGGGCUCCUGGCAACAGCAGCGACACACUUCAACCUGCGAACCCUGAGGGCCGUCCGUGUGCUCCGACCCCUCAAACUGGUGUCAGGAAUUCCCAGUUUGCAGAUUGUGCUGAAAUCCAUCAUCAAGGCGAUGGUGCCCCUGCUGCAGAUUGGCUUGCUACUCUUCUUCGCUAUCCUCAUGUUUGCCAUCAUCGGCCUGGAGUUCUAUUACGGCAAGCUACAUCUCACCUGCUACAUCAAUAACAGUGCUGUUGAAGAGCUGGAGCUGCAGUUCCCCUGUGGCAAACAGGAGCCAGCCCGACUGUGCCCCAAUGGCACCAUGUGUGACUACUGGAUUGGACCCAAUGCUGGCAUCACCCAGUUCGACAACAUCCUGUUUGCCUUGCUCACCGUCUUCCAAUGCAUCACCAUGGAGGGCUGGACCACCAUCCUCUACAAUACAAAUGAUGCCUUAGGCGCGACAUGGAAUUGGCUCUACUUCAUCCCACUCAUUAUCAUUGGCUCUUUCUUUGUGUUGAACCUGGUGCUCGGCGUCCUGUCUGGCGAAUUUGCCAAGGAGCGGGAGAGAGUGGAGAACAGGAGAUCAUUCCUGAAGCUGCGCAGGCAGCAGCAAAUCGAGCGGGAGCUGAAUGGUUACCGAGCGUGGAUCGACAAAGCCGAGGAGGUGAUGCUGUUGGAAGAAAAUAAAAACGCUGGGGAAAAAUCCGCACUGGAUGUCCUUAGAAGAGCAACAAUCAAGAAAGGACGAAUGGAGAUGAUCCACACAGAAUCAAGUGAUGACCACUACACUGAAAUCUCUUCUGUCGGUUCACCAUUAGCGAGGGCCAGCAUCAAGAGCACCAAGCUGCUGGAGGGCUCAUCCUAUUUCCACCGGAAAGAACGCAUGCUGCGCAUCUCCAUCCGUCACAUGGUCAAGUCCCACGCCUUCUAUUGGAUUGUCCUGAGCCUGGUGGCCCUCAACACAGUAUGCGUCGCUAUUGUCCACUAUGACCAGCCUUUGUGGCUCACCAACUUCCUCUACUAUGCCGAGUUCACCUUUCUGGGACUCUUCCUCUUCGAGAUGUUUCUGAAGAUGUAUGGCUGCGGUCUGCGACUAUACUUUCACUCCUCCUUCAAUUGCUUUGACUGUGGGGUGAUUAUCGGCAGUAUAUUUGAUGUGGUUUGGACCAUGAUUCGCCCAGAGACAUCGUUUGGUAUCAGUGUACUCCGAGCACUGCGACUGCUCAGGAUAUUUAAAGUCACCAAGUACUGGGCAUCUCUGCGCAACCUGGUUGUUUCAUUAAUGAGUUCAAUGAAAUCCAUCAUCAGUCUGCUGUUUCUUCUCUUUCUCUUCAUUGUUGUAUUUGCACUGCUGGGGAUGCAGCUCUUUGGUGGACAGUUCAACUUUGAGGAUGGCACCCCACCAACCAACUUUGACACUUUUCCUGCAGCGAUCAUCACAGUGUUUCAGAUUUUAACGGGUGAGGACUGGAAUGAGGUGAUGUACAACGGGAUAAAAUCCCAGGGCGGAGUGAACUCAGGAAUGUGGUCAUCUGUCUAUUUCAUUGUCCUUACACUCUUUGGAAACUACACUUUGCUCAAUGUCUUCCUGGCCAUCGCUGUGGAUAACCUGGCCAAUGCCCAAGAGCUAACAAAGGAGGAGCAGGAAGAAGAGGAAGCCAUCAACCAGAAACACGCACUGCAAAAAGCAAAAGAGGUCAGCCCGAUGUCCGCACCUGGCUUCCCUUCGACUGAGAGGGAAUUUCGGAGGCACAAACACAUGUCCAUCUGGGAGGCCAGAACAAGCCAGCUGAGGAGACGGAUGCAGAUGAGCAGCCGCGAGGCCCUCUUUGCUGAGGCUUUGCAAGGGCUGGAGGGGAGCAGGUACAGGAGGCACCGUUCCAGGAUCUAUGAGGGUGAGAGCCUCCGGCGCCUGGCUGAGCAGAGGGCCAGGGAGGCCGUAGAGGGUGAGGUUGGAAAGCGAGAGGGCUUCAAGAGUCUGUCACUUCGCAACAACUGGCAACCUGCGGGAGAGAACAAGGAAAGCCCUUCCCCCAAAGUCAACGGCGACCAGGAGUGCAACCAGGGCAAACCCUAUAACCGGCAAGCAGAGAACAGGCAGAGCCUCACACUGGACGAGCCCGCAAGGCUGAAGAGGAGAUACCGAUCGCUGUACAAGGAGGCCAAGCUGGGCUUGGUGGAAAGCGACGAGACCAAUCUCGGCCAUAACAGGGCUGGCAACAGCAAAGAGGAGGGGCUGCCUCUGCCCAAGGAGCAAGAGGAGACCGGCCUGCGAAGCCAUAGCCCCAAGGAGAAAGGUGCCCGUGAGUCGACAAAGGCACACUCCUGGAAAGGGAGACCCCACACAAGCCGCUUGAAUCAACAGUCGGGCGCCAACACAAACAUACCCACAGUGCAAGUGGGAGCAGAGAGCGCCAGAGUCUCAGGGAGUGAAAAUGCAGACAGUACGAGAAACAGCAAGAUCGAUAAGCAGCAAAUCAACGAGCAGACCAGCUUGCUCAAUCUGCAACUGGAUCUAAAAAACACGCCUAAAUCGCCGCGACUGACUGAGUCGGGAAGUUGCAAUAACCGAGACCAGGAUAAGUCUCGUGAUCAGACGGAGGUUGAUGUAGACUGCGAAAACACUGAGACCCCCAUGGAUUCCCUCGUCGCACCAGGGAACAACCCGAGUAAAUGCAGCAGCAACAGCUCAGUCAAGAACGAGGUGAAAAAGUCCCGAACAAUUCUUCCCUACAGCUCCAUGUUCCUCUUUAGCACGACCAAUCCGCUACGCAAGGCGUGUCACUUUGUUGUGAAUCUGCGGUACUUUGAGAUGUGCAUCCUGCUGGUGAUCGCAGCCAGCAGUAUAGCUCUGGCCGCAGAGGACCCCAUUCACAAAGACUCCGAGAGGAAUCAGGUGCUCAGGUACUUUGACUAUGUGUUCACUGGAGUCUUCACAUUCGAAAUGGUGAUAAAGAUGAUUGACAUUGGUUUGAUAUUCCACGAAGGUUCGUAUUUCCGCGACGUUUGGAACAUUCUGGAUUUUAUUGUGGUCAGUGGGGCCCUGGUUGCAUUUGCGUUCACGAAUCUUAUCGGGGGCUCCAGUGGAAAGGACAUAAACACAAUCAAGUCCCUCCGUGUUCUGCGAGUUCUCAGGCCCCUGAAGACUAUUAAGCGGCUUCCAAAAUUGAAGGCGGUGUUCGACUGCGUGGUGACAUCACUGAAGAACGUGUUUAACAUCCUGAUAGUCUACAAACUCUUCAUGUUCAUCUUUGCAGUGAUCGCCGUACAGCUCUUCAAGGGCAAGUUUUUCUACUGCACAGACAGCAGCAAGCUCACUAAAAAGGAAUGCAGAGGCCAGUAUGUGGUCUAUGAGACUGAGAAUAAAGUGGUGGAUCGUGAGUGGAAACGUUAUGACUUUCACUACGACAACGUCAUCUGGGCUCUGUUGACACUGUUCACUGUCUCCACAGGAGAGGGCUGGCCUCAGGUCCUGCAGCAUUCAGUGGAUGUGACGGAAGUAGACCAAGGACCCAUUCCAGGGAACAGAAUGGAAAUGUCCAUCUUCUACAUUGUCUAUUUCGUUGUCUUCCCCUUCUUCUUCGUCAAUAUCUUUGUGGCGUUGAUCAUCAUCACUUUCCAGGAGCAGGGUGACAAGAUGCUGGAGGAGAGCAGUCUGGAGAAAAAUGAGAGAGCCUGCAUCGAGUUUGCCAUCAGUGCCAAACCCUUGACAAGGUACAUGCCACAGAACAGACAGACCUUCCAGUACAGAGUCUGGCACUUUGUGGUGUCCCCUUCCUUCGAGUACACCAUCCUGACGAUGAUAGCACUAAACACCGUCGUCCUCAUGAUGAAGCAUCAUUCCCCACCACCGGGUUUCGUUACUGUCCUGAAAUUCAUGAACAUCGCCUUCACCGUCAGCUUCACUCUCGAGUGUGUCCUCAAAAUCAUUGCCUUUGGAUUCCUGAAUUACUUCCGAGAUUCCUGGAACGUAUUUGACUUUGUGACGGUGGUGGGCAGCAUCAGUGAGAUCAUCGUUAAUGAGUGCAAAUUGAAGUUUGUGAACCUGAGCUUCCUGAAGCUGUUCCGCGCUGCUCGACUGAUCAAGCUGCUGCGCCAGGGCUACACCAUUCGGAUUCUCCUCUGGACUUUUGUGCAGUCCUUCAAGGCCCUCCCAUAUGUCUGCCUGCUGAUCGCCAUGUUGUUCUUCAUCUAUGCCAUCAUCGGGAUGCAGCUCUUUGGAAACAUCGGCCUGGAUGACAGCACCCCCAUUAACCGACACAACAACUUCCACACUUUCUUCAAUGCUUUGAUGCUGUUGUUCAGGAGUGCGACAGGGGAGUCAUGGCAGGAGAUCAUGCUGGCAUGCCUGAGUGAGAAGAGAUGUGAGGGUUCCUCAGAGCACCGCUGUGGCACCGACUUUGCUUAUUUCUACUUUGUCUCCUUCAUAUUCCUCUGCUCAUUCCUUAUGCUGAACCUGUUUGUGGCCGUCAUCAUGGAUAACUUUGAGUACCUGACCCGAGAUUCAUCGAUCCUGGGCCCACAUCACCUCGAUGAGUUUGUGCGAGUCUGGGCCGAGUAUGAUCGAGCUGCCUGCGGCCGAAUCCAUUACACUGACAUGUAUCAAAUGCUGACCCUUAUGUCACCACCGCUGGGUCUGGGGAAGAAAUGUCCUUCGAAAGUGGCUUACAAGAGGCUGGUAUUGAUGAACAUGCCUGUGAGUGAAGACAAGACUGUUCAUUUCACUUCCACCCUCAUGGGCCUAAUCAGGACAGCACUUCACAUCAAGCUUGCAAAAGGUGGAGCGGAUAAGCAGCAGUUAGAUGCAGAGUUACGAAAGGAAAUUAUGACUAUCUGGCCUCACCUCUCUCAGAAGACACUAGACCUCCUAGUUCCCAUCCAUAUGCCCACUGACCUUACAAUCGGCAAAAUCUAUGCUGCCAUGAUGAUCAUGGAUUACUACAAACAGAGUAAAACCAAAAAAUACCAACAGCUGCAGGAGGAGCAGAGUCGAACGCCGAUGUUCCAGCGAAUGGAAGCUUCAUCUCUGCCUCCGCAGAUUAUCUCCAGUACCAAAGCACUGCCUUUUCUACACUCAGACAUGGGCCAUGACAUGGAUAGCAGAAGUGAGUUUGCCCCCCUGGUGCCCUUGCCCCCGUCGAUUAUGUUCCAGCAUAGCAGGACGUCAGCACGGCAAGCAGACGAAUUUCGUGACCAACGGCUAAGGGAUCUAGAGAAAGGAAAAUUGGAAUAUCCCCACAACAACCAUUACCUCCCCAUCGAAAACCAAGGACGGGCUGUGUCAAUGCCACGACUGGAGCUGGAGUCUGAGUCAACGGAAGACAGAAGCCCAAUGAAACGUUCAUUCUCCACAUUUGCUGGCCAUCACUUGAGUGGGAGCUGGCUUAGUGAGUACUCGCUUGAGAGAGCUGGCCCAAAUGACCUGUACCAGAAACGGGGAUGCAGACCGCUACGGUCAUCCGGCAAGUCUUCAACUGCAGUGCUCCGAACAGCAGACAUCCCUUACAUAGACAGCCUGGACAGAAGCCGUUCAAAGGAAAGGAAGCACUUGCUGUCACCUGAUAGAUCCCUAUGCACCUCAGCAGAACGUGCUCAGUAUCCACAGCACCAUCCCCGGGAUGAGAGGCUAUCUCGGUCCCCUAGUCUCGGCCGAUCUCGUUCUCACCGGAGACAGGCUAGCAGUCCAGCGAGUGACAGCCCUUCAAUGGUGGUCCCUUCAAUGUCUGGGACCAGCACGCCAAGACACGGACGGCGGCAGAUCCCACAGACACCCCCGAAACCGCGGCCACACAUCUCCUACUCUCCGGUUGCCCGGCGGCCUGAGCCGUGGUCGCCGCUGCCCUCCUGUGAGCACGCCAUGCCAAGGGGCAAGGGGGAGUGCCAGUACCAGUCGUUGAGAGUGCGUCCCAGCAAGGUCCUGUGGAGCGAGUCACCAGGCCUGAGCGCCAAGAGCGAGAGCCAGCACUCAACACCACUGCGUUACAUCUCUGAGCCGUCCCUGAGCCUGCAUGAGGAGGGGGGCAGCCUGGACCAGGAGCAGGGCCCAGGGGAGGAGACCCUCACUUUCGAGGCCGCUGUUGCCACCAGCCUCGGCCGCUCACACACCAUCUCGUCGGCACCGCCACUCCGCCACAGCUGGCAGCUUCCCAACGGUAGCUACCGUGCCAGGCUGGGGGCAUCCGAGCCACGGGCCACGGGCUCAGGGCCAGCUACCGUCAGCAGCGGGCCACCCCUCACCCUCACCGACCAGGGCCAGGAACAGGACCAGGAUGACCAGUGUUAGACCGACGAGGGGGGAGGCACAGUGUUUGAGCAGGGAGAGGGAGAGGGGCACAGUGUUAGACUGGGGGGGCACAGUGUUAGAGUG